CCGGAUUCUAAGACGAGCCCGCUGGCCCUACUAGCCCAAACGUGCUCCCAAAUCGGAGCCGACUCGCCCACCUCCAAGCCGCUACUCUCCACGUUGGAGAAGAAAAAGUCGGAGUCGCGCACCUCACCCGUGUCUACCAGGAGCGGCAAAACAUCGCAGCGCUCUACGCCCAGCGAUAGCGGCGCUAAACUGGCCUUCAAGCCCUACGAAAGCACAGUGGUGACCAAACGUGUGGACAGUGCGGACAAUGGCAAAAAGUCGCCUAGUGACCGAAAAUCCGCGUCUCCGAGUGCCCAAAGUGGCGGUUCGCAUACGCCCGGUGCCUCCGACUGUGAGAAACCCGCCUCCGAAACGAAGCAAAAGGACGUCACGACUCCGUCGGCCAGCCCUAUAAUCCGCUCGGGGCUGGAGAUGAUCCAGGGCCAUCCCAAGGAGCAUUUGAGCGCCUACAAGAACAUGUCGGCAGCUCUGCCGGCGCAUUUGGGCUCGAUGUACUGCCCGCCCGGCUUGGAGCAUCCCGCCUACAGACCUACGUUCCCAGGGGUUUCGUAUCCUCACCAUCACAACAUGCUCGGCUACCCGGGCGCUGCGCCCACUCCCUACCUGAGCUACGCCCGAGUCAAGACUCCCUCGGGGAGCGAAGCUUUGGUGCCGGUUUGCAAAGACGCCUACUGCACCGGGGGCCAGUACAGCCUGCCUCCUAAUCAGCCUCUGAUGAUGGCGGGUGGCGCCCCAGACCCCUGUCCUUCGGGUUGCACCCAGUGCGACCAUCAGAAGUACAGCAUGGCCAUGUCGAUGUCAUUGGGGGCGCAAAACAGCCUUCCCUACCCCCGCCUGUACGUAUGCAGCUGGAUAGCGGGCGAUUCCUACUGCGGAAAGCGGUUUGUCACCUCGGAUGAGCUCUAUCAGCACCUCCGAAGCCACGCCAGCACCUCCGAUCCCUCGACCAGUAGUGCUGCCAGCUUGCUCAAUCACUCGCUGCUCGCUUCAGCUCGCAGCGCCUACUCCAGCGCGCUUAGUCCGCUGAGUCCUCGCUACAACCCCUACGCGAAACCGGGCCUACCAACCAGUCUUGCACCAUCGCACUACAGCGCCUUCAAUCCGGCCUCUUUAGGCUCGUACUACUCCUCCUACCCGUUGUCCUUCUACGGGAUCCAAAGGCUGGGCAGCGCCGCGGUACAUCCGUAAUAAAUCCACCAGCUCUUUAUAGCUUUGACUGUGAUAAUUUGUAAAUAUGUUGUUUAGUUUUAAGGACUUUGUUGUUUGAAUGGAAUCGGUUCUUGAAUAGGAAAACAUGUCAUUUUAUCACUGAAAAGCAUGUUGGAUCGGGUGCAAUACAAGUGGCCGUGUCGGGGUGUGUCUAAUGAUGAGCAUUUGAGAGUUGUACGUACGAUCUGUAUAUUAUUAUAACUAUAUGUAUGUUGAUUUGGUUGGUGAAUAAAAUUGUUUCGUAGCUAA